ACUCCAGCCUGGAGCAGCACUCAGUGCCGUCCAGGCUGAAAGCAUCGGAGCUAUUUCAGACACAUUAAAAGGGUCACAGUCAAUACCUCAGCUGGUAGAAGAAGGUACCUCUUUCAGCAUCAAAAGGAGGGAUAAGCCUCUGUCGUAAAAAUGUCAAAACAACCAGCAUCACAUGUCAAAGCCAUUCAGGCUAAUAUUAACAUCCCAAUGGGAGCAUUUCGCCCUGGUGCAGGCCACCCUCAUAAAAGAAAAGAAGUUACACCUGAAGAAGUAGAGGAGAAUGCUCCUGCUUCAACAGAGGAGGAGAAAGAGAAGAAACUGCUCCCAGGAGCUAAGAAGCUUCCAGGUCUUGCUGUCAACUUGUCAGAGAUUCAGAACAUAAAGAGUGAGCUGAAAUAUGUCCCCAAAGCUGAACAGUAGCUGGAAGAAGCAGGUCUUACAAGUGAAACAGAAUGGAUUCCAACGAAUGGAGGAAAUUUCAAAUAUUUUAUAUAUUUGUAUGAAGACUAUGAACUUCCCAACUCUUCAAUACCCCAUAAGAAGCAUCUUCUUUGUACAUUUAUAUCAAUGCUUUCUCCUUGUCCAUUUUGUUUAACAUAGGAAAGUAGUGCUGAAAUAAAACAGAACAAAGCAACUAGCUUUGUACAUAUGUGUAUGUACAGGAAUGAUUUUGACCUGAGAAUGGGGAGUAGUGUAAUUUGAAGUUUGAGCAAAAAUAGAAAAAACUUAAAAUAAUUACAUCAUUAUUUUCAAUUAAUUUAGUUUCUUUCUUUUUGAAAAAUGUCAAUGUGUACAAAAGAGUUUUUAAAUUAAUUCAGAAAGUGCAGAAUAAAUGAGUGAUAUAACAUCUUAUGUUCUGCUAUGAGCUCCUAGUUAUAGAAGAGGAAUCAUGUAUCAUGUGUAAUAAAGGAAAUUAAAAUAUUAAGAGCAAUGGUCUUUCUGGUGA